CAGUUGUUAAAGCUACAGUCAGUCCAUAUCAAGAUGAUCAGAAUCUACCUUCUUUGGGGACUUCUCUCUCAAAUGUACCUGAUUCAGACUGAAGAUGCUCCUCAACCAAUACCAGUGACUACACGUCUAUUUGGAGACACUGUAUCUUUGCCAUGUCCCAAAGCGGAAUCUCAACAAUUGCUGUACUGGUACAGACAAACUGUUGGCCAACUGCCCAAUCUUGUCGCAUCUGUAUCCUAUGGAUCAGAACCUGUACUUAAAGGAGAGUUUAAGAACCCACGUUUCAAAGUGGAGGAAUCUGAAUAUGUGUACAAUCUCAUUAUCAGAAAUAUCAGCACAUUAGAUGAGGCAACAUACUUUUGUGGAAUGGGGACAAUAUUUGGGAUGAACUAUGGAAAUGCAACAUUUUUGGCUGUGAAAGGACACAAUCACCUUUCAUUGGUGCAGCGACCAGUUUCUGACCCAGUCCAUCCAGGAGACUCUGUGACUCUACAGUGUACAGUACUCUCUGAGACCUGUACAGGAGAACACAGUGUGUACUGGUUCAGAGCCGGAUCAGGGGAAUCCCAUCCAGGAGUCAUUUACACCCCUGGGAACAGGAGAGAUGUGUGUAAGAAGAGCCCUGAGACUCCCUCUCCUACAAAGAGCUGUGUCUACAGCCUCUCCAAGAACAACCUCAGUCUCUCUGAUGCUGGGACUUACUACUGUGCUGUGGCCACAUGUGGGGAGAUCCUGUUUGGCAACGGAACAAACCUAAGAAUUGAAAGAUCUCUGGAUAAUGUAGUCAUUGGACUGGGAGUGACAUCAGUUUUCUUUGUGAUUGUGAUCAUUAUGCUCGUCUUCAGCAGAAAUACAAAGCCAAUUUGUAAACAUUAUGAAGUGACUGUUGCACAGCAUGGACAUGACAACUCAACCACCGAACGUGAUCAGGAUCAAGAUGGAGUUACGUUGAAUUAUGCUGCAUUGAAUUUCUCUGAGAGGAAAAUUAAAAGAGGAAGAAAGAAGAGAGAGACACCACAGGAGAGUGUGUACUCUGAUGUCAGGUACUCAGACUGGGAGUGAACUUUGUUUCAGAUAGAGCAUGGACAAAAUUAUCUCAGUCAAGCAUCUCUAUUUAAACAAAAUGUAAGCAUUUUGGUUUAAAAAAUCUCAGGACAUUGCUUUCGUAUCAACUUUUACAAUUUUACAACACAAUAU